AUGAUGGACGCCUCGUCGCAUCCUCGAACUCGCGGUCUACGCAUCAAUGGUGCUUCAGGUGGAUCUCGCAGUCAAUCCAAGAACCGGAAGUGGGUUGCCGGAGAACCGUCCGGCAGUGGCAGCCAUAGCAGCAACGGUGAAAGGUGGGAGCGGGGUGGCCAUCGGAAAGCCCGUGGCGCAAGCAGAGGAAACCGUCCCGGGCGGACGCCUACUCCUCCCAGCGCAAAUACUGCCAUCCAUGAGGAUGCAGCCGAUAUUACUGACGACGAUCGGAGUGGCGAGGACGAAUUGGACGACGAGGAGCACCGUACCCAUGAGCCACAGACUCUGGAAGAGCGCGAGAGAUUCUACCAAGAACUCGUGAAAGCACGCGAUUCCGAACGCAAUAGAGCAAUUGCUGAGGGCAAGAUGGAUGACCCGACAGUCUCGAAACGUUUGGAUGAAGCCAUCACCAUUGUUGGAACGUGCAUGGAUAUGUGUCCUAGAUUCGAGAGGUAUCGCCGUGAACGCGAAAAUAAUCUGGACAGAUGGGAAGUGGUUCCUGGCACGAAACGUGUAGAUCACAAGCGUGCUGUGAAGAUUUACGAACGUGGCGCCGGCGACAAGUCUAUUCCCUCUGACAUCCGACCUCCUCCGGUACUCAAGACAACGCUGGACUAUCUUUUCCAUGAUUUGCUUAUGAGGGGCGGUUUUGCGGAAACCCACGAUUUCAUACGUGACCGCUCCCGUGCCGUCAGGAAUGAUUUCACCUUGCAACACGACAAGGGUCCUAUCGCCAUCGAAUGUCACGACCGUUGUGCUCGCUUCCACAUUCUCGCCCUGCAUUUGGAACGAGACAACCCUAGGUUUUCUAUCGCCUUGGAAGAGCAGCAGCUGAUGAAUACGCUACAGACUCUGAAGGAAUGCUACGAAGACCAGCGGGGCAACUAUCAGGCUCCAACGGAGCUCGAGAUGCGCGUGUAUCAUCGUCUCAUCCACAUCCGUGACCAGCGGGAACGCCAUGAAGAGAUUCCUCAAGAAAUCACUUCUCACCCGGUCUUCCUGUAUACAACGCAAUUCCGGCUGCACGUUCAGGCGAAAAGCUCUCCGAUUUCGAAAACCUCUACUCUGGUCGUGGACGCGGAAGCGAUGCAGAUUUUUGGCCAGCUCGUGACCGUACUGCGAGAACAAAACAAUGUUGUCAUGGUAUACCUUGUCGCCUGCAUCUUAGAGAGGUUGUUCGGCAAGGAUACCAUCGAGGAUAUUGAGGCCAUCCGCGGUGCUAUGUCGAUCCCAGACAUUAUCGAUGGUAUAUCGCAGCCUCUCACGGGGAAUGACGCCGAAGCAGAGGCUUAUAUCUCGGAUGAAGACGCUGUUGAGCCUGCGCUUCCACCACCGAUCGACUCAGCUGGAGGUAUCUUCGCCUCUGCAGCGAAUACGUCCAGACCUCAGUCAGUGUUUGGCCGUGCUUCCGCUACUACGGCUGCUGAAACACCACGCCCUGUGGUAUCGGCUUUUGGAAACUUGAAAACAACACCAAAUGCAUUCGGCACUGCGUCUGUGUUUGGAGGAUCCGUGUUAAGCAGCAGUGCGCCGAAGUCGGUGUUUGGUUCUGCCACGUUCCCAACAUCCAGCUCUCCAGCUACUUCAGUCUCAGCGCCGCAACUAAGUUCCACAGUAUUCGGUGCAUCUUCAUCCGCACCUGCGAACGUCUCACCAAGUCCGACGUCCGGAGGUUUCGGAAAAUCAGCUUUUCCCCCUGCAUCUUCCUCCUCCACGCUCAAAUCCUCUACGUCGGCGCCCUUCUCCAGACUUAGCGGGUCCUUGCUCACGGCCCCACCACCCAUAGCAAGGUCAUCCAAGAUUUUUGGCCCGCCAUUGUUUGCCACGGGUGUUGCAUCUGCGCCGACGGCCCCCACAGUCCCUCAGCCGCCCGAAACACCGCAUCUCAACCCUUUCGCAUCAUCAUUCACACCUUCUACAUCGUCUCUGUUAUUUUCAAACAUUCCGACUACUACUCCAUCGAUACCCCCACCUACAGCACCAACACCCCAAGCUGCGCCUACAUUCAUUACGCCAACGCCGCCAGCUGUGUCUGCAUUCGGGAUACCCUCACCACCAAUUUUGCCCGCCUCCACAACAUCAACACCAGUUGUAGCUGCAUUCGGGACAACAAUACCACCAACUCUGCCUGCAUUUGAUGCUACCUCCUCGACCCAGGCAACACCGCCAUUCAAUGCUCCUCCGCCCAAUUUCUUUGGCUCGUCUUCUCUCCCGGUAUUGGCGACUUCGCCAUCUGCGCCUCCCACUCUACCUCCGCCCUCGUCGUCCACACCAUCCGUACCUCCAGAAAGCGCACCACUUUCUGCAGGCAACAACGUACCUGCUACUCCCAAGAUAAUCGAGAGGAGUCAGACUUUAUGGGAAAUUCCUAGCUCGGCAUCGCCACUACGACUGCCAACUGGGAUCACAACCUCGACACCUGGUGCCGCUAUUCCCCACGCUGAACCAGAACCAGAGUCCCCGAUAGCUCCUCCUCCAGUAGACACGUUCAGGCCGAUUUCACUUCCCCCUACCCCUACGGCGCGAUGGUUUGAUCCCAGUUCUCAAAGCAAACUGACAGCUCUAUCGAAGAAGCGGUCGCUGCUUGGCUUUGCUCUACAGAUACCAGAAGGGACAUCCAGCACCAUGCUGAGUCCCUUGCCGCUCCCCUCACCAGGGGUGUCGAAGGUAUAUCAGGAGCUGAACGUGAGCCCUUCUCAGCAGCGAAUCUCUCCAUCAUCGUCCUUCAGCUCCGCCCAAAGUUUGGCGAAGCCAGCGAGCCAGACGAAUUUUCAAGUGAACGGACAUGUCUCUGCCAUGGUCGAAGACAAGGAGGUUCUCGCCCAUCUCACGCCUCUAGCGUUGCACUUCCUCCGGAAAAGUCGAUUGGUGAAGAGACUGUUUAAGGUAUGGAAGAAGAGGACUACCGACACAGCGCUUUGGGAAGAGGCAGUUCUGCGCAGUGAGGCCUACACAGCUAAGGUGCGGCGCGAACGCCUUGCUCGCGGUCAAAGCUCUCCAUCGACCAAUGGCAAGGAGCCCAACAAAAGACGGAGAGCGUCAGGUGGGGGUUCGCCGGAGACAUCGCCGUUCAAGCGUGCCAAGCGACGUGUAUCUGCGCGAUUUGAAGAACGUCUGACGGAUGAUCAGCUGGCGCAACGCUUGCAAGAGAAUCACGAGGAGCACCGGCGACGUUGGGAAAAGGGUUCAUUCCUGCGGACAGUCCGUAUGCGGUUGAAGGGUGCAAGCCCUCGUGGAUUACCCUCGCCAGAAUGGCGUCUGUGGCUCACUAUGAACCCAGAAAAUGACCGGACUGCGAUUUGGCUGGAGCACAAGUUCGACGUUCCUGCAUCGGGUGUAUGGGAGUCCGAGAAUACCUUUUCUAUUCAAGGAUCAACAGCUGUGCAAGAUCCGCCAUCGCAUGGAUCGCCUGGGUUGAUCGUCUUCGAACGUACACCUCUGGAGGGUAUCACAGACGAGCUUGAAAGGAAGAUCCGCAUUCUGGACGACUGCGCCCGUCUUCGUGAAGUGAUCGGUAACCUCCCACAGUCGAACGGUCUUCGUUUUGUGCCAUCUCUGUUGGUCAUCGUAUGGACAGAAGAGGAGCGAACAAAGCCCGAGGUUACUCGGGACUUUGAGGACAUGACGGCAAAACUAGCUGAGGAUGGGGUUAUCAAAUGCGUGUCCACGUUUUCAAUAUCUUCGACGUCGACGGACUUGGACAGAAAGUUCAACGAAUUCGUAGCCGCGGUUCCUCUGGACGUCAAAGACAAGCUAUCAGUAUCACUGUCGUGGAAAGACGUGAGCCAGGUGUUCCUCGCAUCAUUCAGGACGAUGGCGUCCGACUGGUUGGACAGUUGCUGGGCCCAUGAGACGUUCGUUUGGCCUCGCUAUCAACAUGUCCUGCGUGCUAUGGAAGAGUCCCUCAACCACAUAAUCCGCAGCAUUAUUCGUCUCUUUGGUCUUACGGCUGAUGUCAGUCUCAAAAUUCCUGCUGAAUUGCAGGUGCCACCGAACAUUGGCACAGGUUAUGCGAUGGGACCCUUCCUCGAUGCACAUGCGCGACUUGCAAUCGCAACGGCAGCGGAGGUCCUCGGGGAGCGCAGAUCUUCUGCUUGCGUCGUGCCGAAAGCCCUAGUCGAGGCGUUGAGGAGUGAAAUCGAGAGGCACCUACAAGCGCACGAUGACCACUUGCGGGAGCUCUCAAUCGCAAGCCUGCCUAUCUCAUCUCGAACUUCGCCCAAAAGACGGGCGACAGACGAUGUGACCGUUGACAGCCCACCACCGAGAAGCAAGCGCAUGCGAUCGUCAAGUUAUUCUGGCAAUGUUGAGGACGCUCAAGACGGUGUAACCGCCUCGCUGCCGCCUCGCACGUCGAGAUCGACUGCAGACAUCGCAGAUAGGGCAGAGAAGCCCGUUAUAACUGCCGCGAUGUUGCGCGCGCUCACGCAGGAUGUUUUCAAGACUUACGGUCGGAAGUGA